UGACGACGCAGUUCUGCAUCCGAGAUUCACCGAGGUGACCGAGGUGGCUCGUGAAGAGCAACGAGUAUUCGCACCGCAUCGCCGAGGCAUGAUCCGAUACUUGUGAAAUCGCAGCUUCGCGCCGGUCGAUCGAGCUGCCGCGACGCAUGAUUUUCGGAACGAGCUGCCGCGACGACUUGCUAGAAAGCAACACGAAGCAGAAACAGCGCAGAGGAACAGCGCAGCUAUCGCGUAGUUACUGGAGGCUUCCUUGCAACGUGUUGACACCGCUACCGCGACUGACGAGUGACGGUCGGAGCAGCGAUUUUUUUCAACAUGUCAGACUGGGACACUGCGCCUAUUACUCUGCGAAAGCGUGCCCCGAAGUCAUCCACGUUGAAAACCGAGAAGGCGGUGAACGACGCGAGGCGGCAAGGUUUCACCGUAGAGACGCAGGCAAAAUGUGAGUACAGGGUGGGAGUAGGGGGUGGUGGUGCAAACAGACAGCACGUAACCACAAAAAACACUGCAAAAUUGGAUCGUGAGACAGAGGAAUUGAAACAUGAUCAAAUUCCUCUUGAACUUGGCAAACUUAUACAACAAGGACGACAAAGCAAAGGAUUGUCUCAGAAAGAUCUAGCUACGAAAGUAAACGAAAAGGCGCAGGUCAUUAACGACUACGAGGCAGGACGUGGAAUCCCGAAUCAGAUGGUGAUUGGCAAGAUCGAGCGAGUGCUUGGACUCAAGCUUCGCGGCAAAGAUCGUGGCAAACCGUUAGCGGCCCCCGGGACGAAGAAGUGAAUCUCGGGGGAAGCAAGCUCUACUUUCGAUCCUUAUAUAUAAUACCGUUCCCACUGUGAGGAAGAACUGUGAGAAGGAUGGUAGAACGGAUGCAACGGACAAACCCCUACCUUUCUUUUCCUUGGUUAAUUUUGAUAUUGCAAACGAUGUAAAUGGGUUAUAAUUAACUUGCCUUUAUGUAUAAAAUGAUGAAAGAAAGAUAUUUUAGGGUAUCACAGAAUACGUACAGAGUAACAUACGAUGCAUACAUACAGUGAACACAGUAAGCGUAACUUAGCGUGUAAACACUCUAAACAAGGCUUAUUAAGUUACCUUCGCGUAUAAUUGUUUGUUGUAGAUUCUAAAGUGUACAUUACUAAUGCUAAUUAUGAAAUAAGAGCGGAUUCGCGUGCUUGAGUGACAUAAAUAAAAUUCUUAAUUUAUAAUGAAACAUUUUCGAUUCGUUCAUUGAGCACCGUAGUACAGAAAAAGGAAUGUAACGUGAAAUUCAUCGUGAUUUCAUAAAAUUAAGUAUAACUGCAAGAUACGUACCAAGUAGGAAAAAUAUAGUGUUUAAAUAUAAAGAACACCUAUCCAAG